AUGUCAACUCUGCUAACAUUUGAAACAUUUGUGCACGCUUUUGCUGGAGCUUCCGGUAGUGCUUUGUCCACAUGUGUAUUUUAUCCAUUGGAUCUUGCCAAAACUCGCUUGCAAGUGGAUACACAAACCAAAGAUGUCCAACCAGUCUAUCAAAUUUUAAGCAAGAUUAUCCGCGAAGAAGGAUUCUCUUCCCUGUAUACUGGCUUUGCUCCUGUGGUAUUUAGCCAAUACUGUUCCAAUUUUAUCUAUUUUUAUGCCUUUAAUGGGCUAAGAAUGUUGAACCGAGUGAAACAAUUGCCAUUCAAUCAAUCUAUUAGCGAUCUUGUCGUGGGGAUGAUUGCUGGCUCAGUCAAUGUUGUCAUUACUACUCCUUUAUGGGUUGCAUCAACAAGACUAAGAUUGCAAGGAAUGAAGGUCUUAGAUUAUAACCGUAAACUGAUCGACAGGAAACCUUAUUUAAAUAUGUGGGAUUGCUUUCGGAGAAUAGCAAAGGAGGAAGGCGUUUUUUCUUUAUGGAACAGCCUCGGCCCAUCGCUGAUGCUAGUAACUAAUCCAGCCAUUCAAUUCAUGUCAUAUGAAGCUGUCAAACGGUAUAUUCGCCGUAAUACCGGCGGUGUAGAGAUAUCGGCAUUAACUAUUUUUCUUAUGGGUGCAAUAUCGAAAGCAAUUGCUACUGUUUUGACUUAUCCUAUUCAAAUUGUUCAAGCUCGUCUAAGGCAUAAUGCAUCUGUGGAUGACAAUUCUAAGAGAAGGCGUACAGUUAUUAAUAUAUUUAGAGAAAUCUUACGGCAUGAAGGAUUUCGUGGUUUAUUUAAAGGAUUAGAGACGAAAUUAUUGCAGACGGUUUUAUCGGCGGCCUUAAUGUUUACUAUUUACGAAAAAAUUAUCGCCUUUGUCUUUUGGGUUACUAGAAUUAAGAAAUAA